AUGCCUCAGCCCCCUUAUCUCAGUGAUUUUGACGCUCAGAGAGCAGCAUCUCCAGGAUUCAGCUGUGUGUCUAUGAAGAGUAUCAACUCUAUGCUUCAGCCCCUUAUCUCAGUGAUUUUGACUCAGAGAGCAGCAUCUCCAGGAUUCAGCUGUGUGUCUAUGAAGACCCCUUAUCUCAGUGAUUUUGACGCUCAGAGAGCAGCAUCUCCAGGAUUCAGCUGUGUGUCUAUGAAGAGUAUCAACUCUAUGCAUCAGCCCCUUUAUCUCAGUGAUUUUGACGCUCAGAGAGCAGCAUCUCCAGGAUUCAGCUGUGGGUCUAUGAAGAGUAACAACUCUAUGCGUCAGCCCCCUUAUCUCAAUGAUUUUGACGCUCAGAGAGCAGCAUUUCCAGGAUUCAGCUGUGUGUCUAUGAAGAGUAUCAACUCUAUGCAUCAGCCACCUUAUCUCAGUGAUUUUGACGCUCAAAGAGCAGCAUCUGCAGGAUUCAACUUUGUGUCUAUGAAGAGUAACAACUCCAUGCAUCUGCCCCCUAAUCUCAGUAAUGGAUCUGCUGUGACCUUUGACCCUGUUACCAUCAGCAGGAAGAGAAAGAAAGCAGCUUCUCCACAACAGCCCCCUGAUCUCAGUGAUGGAGCAAUGACCUUUGAUCCUGUUACCACCAGCAGGAAGAGAAAGAAAGCAGCUUCUUCUCCACUGCAGCCCCCAGAUCUCAGUUUUGGAGCAGUGACCUUUGAUCCUGUAUUAUCUGGCUGUUUUGUGAAAGAGAAAGGUUGUGCUGCUCUGACAUCAGCUCUGAGUUCAAACCUUUCACACCUGAGAGAGCUGGAUCUGAGUAACAAUCAUCUGCAGGAUUCAGGAGGGAAACUGCUCGCUGCUAGACUGAAGAGGCCAAAUCAACUCAACAUACUGAGAUUAUCUCAGUGUAUGGUGACAGAAGAAGGUUGUGCUGCUCUGGCAUCAGCUCUGAGUUCAAACCCCUCACACCUGAGAGAGCUGAAUCUGAGCUACAAUCACCCAGGAGUUUCAGGAGUGAAGCUGCUCUCUGAAACACUCAACCAUCUGGACAAACUCAAUGUGGAUCAUGGAGGAAAGUUCAGGAUCACAUCAGGACUCCACAAAUACACCUGUGAUCUCACACUGGAUCCAAACACAGCACACACUCGACUCGUUCUGUCCGAGGAGAACAGGAAGGUGACGCGAGUGAAAGAGCGACAGUCAUAUCCUGAUCAUCCAGACAGAUUUGAUUGGUAUCAGGUUCUGUGUUCAGAGAGUCUGACUGGACGCUGUUACUGGGAGACUGAGUGGAGCGGAGAUGAAGCUGAAAUAUCAGUGUCUUGUAAAGAAAUCAAGAGGAAAGGAGGGAGUUAUCACAGUAGGUUUGGAUAUAAUGUGAACUCCUGGAGUCUGAUCUGCUCUGGUCACAGAUUCACUGCUCGUCACAAUAAUAAGUCCACUGAGAUACCAGCUGCUUCAGACUCCUGUAAGAGAGUAGCAGUGUUUCUGGACGAGUCGAGCGGCUCUCUGUCCUUCUACAGCGUCUCUGACACACAUACACUCACACACUUACAUACAUUCACACACACAUUCACUCAACCUCUACACGCUGGAUUUUACCUUAAUUACAACUCUUCAGUGUCUCUGUGUCACAUUAAACAUUAAUCUCUCUCUCACACACACACACACUUACACACACACAGAGAGAGUCUGUAAUCAUGUGAAAGUGUUGCUGUUCUUGUGAGUUUUAAUCUGAAUCUCAGGAAUCUUCAGGAAGUUGAAUAUCAUCAGUUUGCUGUUUCAGAUCAUUUGGAUGAAGAUGUUUCAGAGACACUUUUUGUGCUUCUGUCAGUCACACAAUAAUCACACACUAACAGACAAAUACUGUUGUUUGUGUGAAAUAUGUCACAUUUGCACUGUACAUAAUAUUAAAAGAGUGUUUAUAUA